GAACAAGUUCUUGUGAUUAUCUAUGUCUUCCUCUGAGAAUAAUGGUGGAAUGGAUACCCAAGAUAGAAUCAGUUCAUUACCUGAUGAAAUCUUGUGUCACAUUCUUUCUUUUCUCUCAACUUAUGAUUCCUUUGCCACAAGUUUUGUCUCCAAAAGGUGGCAACCAUUGUGGCUGUUUUCAGCCAUUCUUCACCUCGACGACCAAACUUUUAUCAGAAAUGGCAGAUCCUACACCUCCUUCUUCAAUUUCGCUUAUGGAACCCUUUUCAAGUGCCGCAUGCACCAACCCAUCACAGUCGCACGCUUCCUCCUUUCCCCUCGCACGUGCGGUUACGGUAGCGACUUCCCUUACCCUCUCUUCAAGAUUUGGGUGAGCACCGUCGUUCAGCGUGGCGUUCAGCAACUCUUCAUCGAGAUUCCUCGUGCGCUUGAGGUUCCAAACAUCAUAUGGAACUGCAAAACACUUGUUGUUCUCAAGUUGUAUCGAAUGUCCGUAGAUGCUUUUGUUAAGGUUCAUUUGCCUGUGCUCAAAACCCUACAUCUGGAUUUCCUUUUCGUAUCCAAGUCUAAGUAUCUUGCAGAGAUUCUUCAUGGGUGUCCCGUUUUGGAAGAUUUUCGAGCGUAUCAUAUAUUUCUGGAUAACAAAUUGGACGGGGUGGAGUUUCGAACCAUGCCCAAAUUGGUUAGGGCAGACCUUAAAGUUGAUUAUGUGUUCGAGUUUCCUCUAAAGGUGGUGUCUAAUGUGGAGCACUUCAGAUUCUUCCUCAAGCUCAAGAAAGAGAGUUUUCCCAUUUUCAAAAACCUUCUUCAUUUGGAGCUCCAUCUUGGUCUGGAUAUUCAGUGGCACUUGGUGAUUCAAAUGCUCAACCAUUGUCCAAAGCUUGAAACUAUUAUGCUUCAUAUGCCCAUGGAACCAUUUUCUUGCACAGGAUGGAUUUCCCCACAAGUUGUUCCUCAAUCCAUUGCUUCACAGCUUAAAAGGUUUAGUAUUUUUAAUUAUACAGGCAGGAAUUCUGAGGUGCAAUUUACAAAAUUUAUAUUGCGAAAUUCAACAGCUUUGCAGAUCAUGACAAUCCACAAGAUACCACCCAAUAAAAUUUAUUCCUCAAAUCGUCAAAACAAGUUUCAGAUGAUUCAAGAAUUGGUCAUGUGCCCGAAAAGCUCUGCAAAAUGCAAACUUUAUUUCAAAUGAUAGUUGUUGGUUUGUGUGUAUGUUGUAAUUUGUUCUUAGAUAAAUGCAUUUUCUAUUGGCUUCUACAUAUUAUGUAACUCGGUAUUUGGUGGUUGUGGAACAUCAAUAGUUAUAUUAUAGUUUUUGAAUUCAUAUAUUUGAUUUCGGAUAUUUAUGUUUAUGAAUAAA